AUGAUCCAGCUUCCCGUUCAUUUCCCCUCCAUUACCGUCAGCCUCUUCGCCGUAUACGUUUCAGCCUUCCUAUCCAGCUGGUUCACCCGGCCUCCUCUCGAAAUCGUCGGCAAUGAAGUGGAUGUGGCUGUAAAAGAGUCGACUGUGUCGUCAAAAACGCAACUCCCGCAAGAGAAUGGGGCAGUACGCAAGAUGACGCCCGAGCAGUUGUCUCAUAACGGCAAGGUGAAAAUAGUGAAGGCGAGAGAGACGGCUAUCGUCCGGGAAAAGCCGGUACAGCCAUGGAAGGUACUCUUUUACGGUGUGCCGAGCAAGGAGAGCCCUCUUCUUUCUGCCCUGACCUUCCUCAUCAACCUGGCUCUGAUCGGAUUGAUCGGCGAUGCCCUGUAUCGAGCCCGGUGGUACUACCCGUCGGACGACCUGUCCUUUGUCCGACUCGGAUACGUAUCUCCGACGGAAGCCAGGUUCUUGGUUCGUGAACCUGAUCAAGCCAAGAUGCCAGUCACUCUGGAAAUUCGCAUCCAGGACCCUCAGCCUCCCUUUGACAACCCUCAGUGGCAGUUGGUGGGCGGUUUUAGGUGGACCACCAACGACACAGACUACACAGCUUCGCUCACGGCUCCCUUGAUCCAUCCCGAGCAAAGGCAAUACGAAUGGAGAACCUCCAACAACCACGCUGGCCAGUUUCUAUCACCGCCCAAACCUGGCAAAAUGCCCAAGUACAACGACAAUAAGUUUACAUUUCUCUCCACUUCAUGCAUUCUCCCCCGGUUUCCGUACAACCCUCUCGACCACGCCUUGGCCAUCCCGGGACUGCGCCACUUGGCCAAAAGGCUCCCAGAACUAAGCGCCCAGUUCAUGCUGUUUCUGGGAGACUUCAUUUAUGUCGAUGUCCCCGAUCGAUUCGGAACUUCGGUCGAAGAGUAUAGAAUGCAAUAUCGCCAAGUCUACGCCUCUCCCGACUGGGCACCAGUUGGUCAAAACUUGAGUUGGAUUCACGUCUUGGAUGACCACGAAAUUUCCAACGACUGGUCCUCCAAUAGGACUGGUGUGUACAAGGCCGCUGUCGAGCCUUGGAAUAUUUAUCAGGCCGGCAUAAACCCUCCUGUAGCCCGUGCUGCUCGAACAACGCAGCAGCGCAAUGGAUCCACCUGGUUCGAGUUUGUUCAGGGCCCUGCCAGCUUCUUCAUGCUCGACACUCGCACCUAUCGUUCCAGCAACAAUGAGCCAUUCGACAGCGCCGACAAGACGAUGCUUGGAGAGGAACAACUAGAGGAUUUAUUGUACUGGCUUGCUCGCCCUGAACCAGCCGGAGUCAGAUGGAAAUUUGUUGCCUCAUCGGUGCCAUUUACGAAGAACUGGCCGGUCAAUGUCAAGGACACAUGGGGCGGCUUUCUCGUCGAGAGAAGGAAGAUCCUAGAGGCCAUGUGGCUUGCCGGCACGCGAGGUACCACUGUCGUCAUUCUCUCAGGCGACCGACACGAGUUUGCGGCGACCAAGUUCCCUCCGCCGCCAGGUUCUUCGUGGCCGGAGAGUGCCGCUGCCUUUGAGUUCUCGACCAGCCCACUCAACCAGUUUGCGUCGCCUUUGCCAACGUACAGGCAGACUGACGGCGAGGACGUCAAGUUGAAGUACAUUCCCUCCGGCUCGUCCAAGUUUGGUUCUUUCACCAUCGAGGAAGCAUGGGGACAGAGUACGCUGAAAUACCACCUGUACAUUGACGGCAAAGAGUCGUGGAGUACCCUGUUGGUGGCACCUCCUGUGCCCGAGGAACCGAGCGCUGCCCUAGCAUUCUGGAGAAGGAUAUUUUCAUAG